AUGGCCAACAUGGUCCCAGAAGGCUUCGCUGCAUACGCUGGUAUGAAGCGCCACCGUGACAGAGAUGAUGAUGGCACCGGUCCUGCUUUCGACGGUCUGUACAGCAAGAAAAUCCGACCGACCAUCAACCCUUCCGAGGAAGCCGGGCACUACGAUUCUGUCUUGAGCACGCCUACGAAUAUUACCCACCGGCCCAAAUACGACAGCGAUGAUCAGUCUUCUAUGGUCUCGGAGCCGGGCAGUCCGCAGGAUUAUGCUGAAUCGCAUUCUUCGGGCGAUGACAUGGAUGUCGAGAUGGAGAGUGCACUGUUCUCGCCCGCUGCCUCGUCGUCUUCGUUCUCCCCAAGACCUCGGGCUCCACCAAGCAGUAGCCCGUGGCGUGAGCGUGUACAAGGUGGUAGAGAUCGAGUCGCCACGCCGUUUGGACUAAGCGCAGCACGGCCGGCUUCACGAGCACUGCAGGUGCGGACUGGAGCUAAGACUGCAACGAAUCAUAUUCGAUCACGACAUCCGCAGGAAAACACGACUAUCACCACUUCCGUGGCCACAGUCUCAGAUCAUCUAGAAGUACCGUCUCCUAUAGACGAAGACGAAGCCCGUACACCACCCUCGGCAGCAGAUGUUACCGGUUCGCAACUGUCGAUGCUUAGUGACCAGGAUUGGGAAGCCAGCAUAUGA